AUGUCGACCAGCUCCCUGAUUGCCACCGACCCCGAGGGCUAUGAGUUCCCCAGGUCCAAGCUCCGAACGCUGCAAGAUCCCUCAAAGAUUCCCCUGGUGGUCGUGGCGUGUGGCUCCUACUCACCAGUCACCUACCUCCAUUUGAGGAUGUUUGAGAUUGCAUACGACGCUCUUCGAGAUCAAGGUGUCUAUGAGGUGCUGGGAGGCUACUUUUCGCCCGUCAGCGACAUGUACUCCAAGCCCGGCCUGGCCCCAGCCUCGCACCGAAUAGAAAUGUGCCAGCGUGCCGUCGAGACAAGUUCGUGGAUCAUGGUCGACACCUGGGAGCCCAAGCAGUCGAGCUACCAGCGCACCGCGACGGUCCUCGAUCAUUUCCACGAGCAGCUGAACGGUCCAGACUCGCCAUCGGGCGGUCGCGGCAUUCUCCUCCCUGAUGGCUCAAGGACGGAAAUCCGUGUUAUGCUUCUCGCUGGCGGCGAUCUCAUCCAGUCAUUUGCCGUUCCCAAUCUGUGGGCGACCGCUGAUCUCAACCACAUUCUUGGCAAGUACGGCUGUGUCAUUAUCGAACGAACAGGCGCCGAUGUCCAUGAUUUUUUGCUCUCAAACGAUUCGCUGCAUCAACACCGGAAAAAAGUCAUCGUCUGCAAGCAGUAUAUCCACAACGACAUCAACUCAACCAAGAUUCGACUGUUCAUCCGCCGCGGCAUGUCUAUCAAGUAUCUGCUGCCAGAUCGAGUUGUUGACUAUAUCCACGAGCACAAAUUGUAUCUCCCGGACUCAAAGUAG